AUGACAAUCAAAUUCAAAUAUAAAUAUAUAUAUUUAAAAUACUGCAAACUUGAGUUAUUGAAUUAUUUUAGUGCAAAUAUGAUAGUGGCUGUAGUUUAUUAUCGAUCCGGUUACGAACUCGAAGCUUAUCCUACAGAAAAGGAAUGGGAUAUUAGAUUGCUAAUUGAACGUUCUCGAGCAAUAAAAUGUCCAUCAGUGCAAUAUCACUUGGCAGGCACUAAAAAAGUACAACAAUCUUUGGCUCAGUCUAGUGUAUUGAAAAAAUUUCUAAAGGAUGAAACAUCUGUUGCAAGAGUGCAAGAAAUAUUUACUGGAUUAUACACAUUAGACUUUAAUGAGGAUGGAGAGAAAGCAAUAGAAAUGGGUAUAAGUAAGCCAAACAAAUUUGUUCUCAAACCACAAAGGGAAGGAGGAGGAAAUAAUAUAUAUAACGAAAACAUAAAAACGUGGUUGAGUUCGAUGAGGGACUCUCAGGAGAGGACAGCAUGGAUUCUUAUGGAUCGUAUUUAUCCCCCUUUACAGAAAAACUAUCUGAUACGUGCUGUUGAAGACCCAUCAUUAGAGGAUAACUUUGAUUUAUUGGAAGUUAUAACAGAACUUGGUGUAUAUGGAGUGAUAAUUGGGGAUAGCAAUAAUAUAAUAGUAAAUAAACAAGUUGGACAUAUUUUAAGGACCAAAGCGUCGAGUGAAGACGAAGGUGGCAUAGUGGCAGGUGUUGGUGCUCUUGAUAGUCCCUAUCUAAUUAGUUGAAGCAAAAUUAUUUUUUAAAAUAAUA